AUGGGAGCACUCUUGGGCGACAUUACAAAGGGCGCACGACUGAAGAAAGUGACACAAAUCAAUGAUCGAUCCUCCCCUAUAGUCGGCAAAGUCAGCGACGGACCUGCAGCAGCACCCAUGGGCGCGCCCAAGAUUCCUGGAGCUCCGGCCGUCCCUGGAGGGGCAAACCGAGCGAGAGCCAACAGCGACAAUGGAGAUGGAGGGAGUGUACCGGCUUCGGCACCACAAUUGGCGGGAAUAUUCGCUGGAGGUAUGCCGAAGCUUAGAAAAGCAGGCGGUGUCAAGACAGGCGCAGAGGACCAGGCGCCUUAUCUGUCGGACCCCGAAUCGAACAGAGCUUCAGCUCCUCGAGGCGCAGCACCCAAACCGCCUGGACUUCCUCCUUCAGCACCUCCUGGGCCUCCGAUUCCAGGUAUGCGACCAGGCAUGAAUGCGCUCCGGGGUCAGGACUCAAGGCCCAACUCGGUAGCCUCAAGUAUAAGUGGGAAGCCUAGGCCGCCUCCACCGAUUGGAAAGAAGCCUCCUAUGCCACCACCCUCCUCUCGAAAGCCGUCAGGUCUCGCUGCACCACCUGCUCGCGCACCACCUCUCCCAGGAUCCGCGCCGCCUGCUCCUCCGCCAUUACCCCCGAGCUCGACGUCUCCCCGACCGACUGGGGCACCACCUGCUCCUCCACCACUACCACCUUCGCCAGCCCCACGAGCGACCCCGCCACCACCGCCGCCGCCACCCUCUGUUCCCCCGCCAUCGAGCGCGCAAGACGAUGACGACGACGAAUACGAUCCAUAUAAAUACAAUUCAGCGCCUCCCAUGCCUCCACCACCGCCCCCACCCUCGAACGGACACGCGCCGUCGCUCGCAGAAACAGCCGCGCGCAACGCCUUCAGCCGCACAUCGCCUGCUGCUCCUCCUCCAGCACCGCCUAGCGCACCCGCGCCUUCUCCACCACCUAGCCAACCGCUCAGCCGACCCGCCUCGCAAACACCACUGCGAUCAAUGAUGGAUUCAAGCUCAUACACCUUGUCGAACGGCGGAUCAAGCAUUAAGAGCCCGACCAGCUCGCACGCUGGAGGGAGGGAAAAGGGCAGAAUCAGGCCCAUUCACGAUUUGAGAUGGAGAUUCCAGGACGAAGGGCAAUUCCCACGGCCAAGAGAAUUCACCGGCGGACCGAAGAGAUACCGCGCUGGACGGGGCAGCAGUGUGCCAUUGGAUUUGAGUGCGUUUGAAUGA